AUGAUGGAACUCACAGUGCUACAAUCUCUGAACGCGGAUGACCUCAGCACGAGUACAGUGCAAUAUGCUACCACGACGACCACAUUCGGUAGCACGACGUCGCAACAGUCCUUAACGUCGACGGCCGUGACAUCAACUACUGCAGUAGACACAACUGUGGCCUCAACGACGGAGCCUGACGGUACGACAGAGUGGAAAGAGACAACUUUCACCUCAGAGUCAACGGAGUCAAGUGUGGCUGUAACUGCAACGGAGAGUGCAACCGAGCCUCGAUCCACGACAACAGAACAUCAUGCUCCUGUGACAACGACUGAAGCUCAGAAGGCUACGGAACAAUAUGCGGCUACAACGGAAGGCAGUCCCGCUGUGACCACAGAAGAUGGAAAGGAGUCCACUUCUGUACCCGACCUGUUCAAGGAAACUGCAGGCAUUAAUCCACUGCUCAAGAAUCUUUCCGCGCCUUGUUCCAAACGUUUGGGCACCUACGUCGAACGCACGUUGAAGAACUUCCCAGCCAGGCUUCCGGAGCUCUGGGAAUUUCGCCGCCGCCGAUUCCUGCGCGCUGCCGUCGUGGGAGGCCUGCCACAGAUCGUCGUGGAGAGGCAAGACGUCAAUUGCAACGUCACUUCCGCAGUCACGACUUGGGACAUCUACUUCAAGUCUCAGCUGGACGGCAUCUGCAACCUGGGCAUCACUGGGCUACCACGGAUGUACCUUAGGUUCACGGGACCGCUGACAGCAAGGGCACGCUUGUCCGCACCAUUAUCGGAAAUAUCGAAGCCUGUCCUGGACGACGUACAGAUAGUCUCAGCCGAUGUACACGAGAUCCAUUACCAGAGUGUGCUGGGCUUCGAACAACCUUUCGUAGAGCGUGCCUCCAAAUAUCUCCUGCAGAGGGCGCUGCGGGAAGAAGUAUUGGGACCAUUAAAGGAGGCUCUCAAGGCAGAACUGGAGAACCCAACUCUUCCAGACAGGAACAAGGUCCUGAUCCUUGACGACAAGACCAGAUUAGACAAUGGAAAUAAUGAUGUGCGCUCCAUGAAGUGAACAGAGUUCCAGAAUCUGACAUUCCAAAAAACUUCCCGAUGUACCGCUCGUCAUAGAUGGACAGCUUCAACACGUAUUUUGGCUGAGUUCGCGGGUGCCUACUUGUAGCGUUACAAAUUUAACUGGUGAAAGUACAUGAUGCGUACCUUGGACUAAAGAAGCGCCACGUGCUGAGCGGGAGGAACUCCAAAAAUUGCUUGGUGCUGGCGUUAGAAAUCGAAAUCUUGUUAUGAGAAGGAAAUAAGUUAUACAUGACACACACGCUCUUGAAGAGUCAUCAUGCUUGGCUGAACGCUGUUGAUGUGUAAAGAGAUGACCUCGCGUACAUUAUGAACAGAUCCCAAACAAAUACGCGUAUUUUUUAUUCUUGUUAUAUAUACGGAAUUGUGUAGUUUUCAUUCGGAAUAACAAAAUAUUUUUCGUGGAACAUCGAGAAACAAGCAGCAACGCUAGAUGCUGAAUAGGAGGCACCGUGCGUACGUCCCCACACUACAGAUCCGUUCGUCGCGUCAUCGUUCGUGCACGUUUCUCCUCCAAUGUUCUCCCCAAUUGGCGUUUGUACUUUUAUCAAUGUCGAGUGCCAGAGUGUUGUAGCCACGGUUCCCCGAAAUUACAACUCAGCAUGUCCGUUCUCGUCGACCGAAAACAAAUCGAAACUUUGUUCUUUCUUUUACGGUGCCCGGAGGAUGGGUGACAACCCGAGUCACGUAGCUGACGUUGUUGCCAGCGUAGCUCGUGGUAAGCUACGCAGCCCUUAUACAUUUCAAUUUGUGUAAUAACCAAUCGCGUGCUGGGUCAGGUCCGCACUGGCACAUUAUCAAUACUGCGUGAUAUGAUAGGCAGAUGAUCGAAUGUCACACCUUGACGCCGCCUAUAGUUGGUGGUACAUACAGCCUGCAAACCGAAACUUCAUUCACGGAGAGAAAGAGAAACUCCUGAGAAAGCCUGAAGGGGAUGAGAUUGGCGGAGGCGACGACGAGCAGAUUUACUCUGCAUGUAUUACAAGCUCAUAACUUUCUUUUAUAGUGCAGUGACCAGAACCCAGGCUAGAUCGCCCAGUUUCAUCUGCUGGGAUCGUUCGCAUUGAGCGGGCUUGGAGCGAUGUCGCCCAUUGGCAAUGGCGCAGUUUCCAUAAUGGACCCUUAACGGCGUCAGAUAAUUAAUCGGUUACCAAGUCCGCAAAACUACGUAUCCACUGGGUAAGCCCUGGUGCUUCGGUAUGGGUCUCCAAUUAAAACUUCCAUUUCGGUGCCAACUUAUAUACGUGCAUUGUCAAGCAUUGUACGCUUGCCCAUUUGCUGUUUCCUGUAGAACACAUUAUUACUACGCAAUACAUUGCACACACUCCUUGUGAAGUCUGCGUUCUGUUUUUUUUUUUUGUUUUUUUUAAGGUCUGGUCUGGUUGGGCCACAGCUUCAGAGUGCUGAAGUCAUGUUGUGACGUUAUAGUAUAUGGUGACUGGUUGAUGCCAGAACACGGCUUCCACUGUCAAGCCGGUAUAUAAAAGCUGGCGAUCACGUACUCGGUACAAGGAGAGUCAGUAUUCAAAACAGCAUUGCACACUCGUAUCCUGCUUAGCCGCACUCGCCACUAUUCGUCCAAGUACACAUACUCUUCGUUCUGACUGUCUUUGACUGUUCUGUGUCUGUCAAAUCUCUGUUUGUCUUUGAGUGUUGAGAGAUUGCUUCCUUCUAUUGCCCUGCAUUUAGAAGAUGAAUGGAUGACCCUCGGAUUAGUUUUCAGUAACGAUGGAAGUUGUCAUGUUAUUUAUAUAUGGUAUUUAUUUGUAAAUAAAACGUUUAC